AUGUCAAUGGAAGAGCUGUUGAAAUUGCAAGAAAAGAUGGGCACCAAGGCCUUCAACAGCAAGGUACUGAAGGAAGAGAGCCGGCCAAUAAGUCGUGACCCUGAUUACUACCGUCGCAGCAACAAGAACCGCCCGUCAGAGAUGCCGCUGAUGAGGAAGAGGGCACCGCGGAUGAAGUUUUUGGACCCGCACCAGAAAACCAAGAGAGCCAUCAAGAGGGACCCCAGAUUUGAUGAUCUCUCGGGCAGGCUGAACAUGGAGGAAUGGCAGCACAAAUACCAGUUCAUCAGCAACAUCCGGCAGAAGGAGAAGGAAGUGCUCAAGAAGGAGCUCAAGAAAGAGGACAACGAAGACAUGAGGAAGCGAAUAAAGUCUAUUGUUCAACGGAUGGAGAACCAGGAACGCCAGAAGAAAUUCGAGCAGAAGCAGAAGGACGUGGAAAAGGAGAUACGUCGAGAGCAGAUGGAAGCCCUCAAGCAGGGCAUCAAGCCCAAAUUUGUGACCAAUAAAGAGAAGAACCUCAGGGUUAGGGCCAAGCACUUUGAAACCCUGAAGCAGGAAAACCGUGUUGAUAAGUAA